AUGGCCGCUCCGCCGCCGACGCUCGCCCUGGCGGUGGAGAAGGGGCCACGGGCGGGGGAGACCCGGCAGUGCAGCGCGGGCGCCGCCCUCCGCGUCGGUCGCGUCGUCAAGGGCAACGAUCUCGCCGUGCGCGACGGGGGCGCGUCGCAGCAGCACCUCGUCAUCGAGUUCCUCCCGCCGCCCGGCGCCGGCUGGGCCGUCUCCGAUCUCGGGUCCUCCAAUGGCACCCUCCUCAACGGCAAGCCCCUCGCGCCCUCCGUCCCCGCCCCGCUCUCCCAUGGGGACCUAAUCAAGGUCGGCGAUUCAACCGUGCUCGCCGUCUCCAUCGCGCCUGAUUCGGAUCCCAAGCCUGUCGCCAACCCCAGUUCCAGGCGCUCCUCGCGGCAGACGGCGGUGGUGGCACCGAUUGCGGCGGAGGAGAAGCCCCCUGCGGUGACCCGCCGUGGCGCACGAAAGAAAGCGCCGCCGGCCGCCCAGCACCCCGACACGCAGAAGGAAGAUCCAGAGGCAGAGGGAGUGGCGGUGGAUGAGAAGCCCCAGGUGGUUGCGCGCCGGGGAGGAUGGCAGAAGCUGGCUGCAGCGGAGCCCCUAUUUGAGAUGGAGACUGUGAAGGCGCCUCGCCGUGGAGAGCAGAGGAAGCCCGUGGAGCCGUCUGCACCAGAGAAUGAGGAGGUGGAUAAGGAGGAGGCCACGGCGGUGCCGCGUCGUGGCAGACGGAAGAAUGCUGCGCAGCCCCCUGAACUAGAGAAGGAAAAGGAGGAGGCCACAGUGGUGACGCGCCGUGGCAGACAGAAGAAUGUUGUGCAGCCCCCUGAACCAGAGAAGGAAAAGGAGGAGGAGGCCACAGUGGUGAUGCGCCGUGGCAGGCAGAAGAAUGCUGUGCAGCCCCCUGAACCAGAGAAGGAAAAGGAGGAGGAGGCCACAGUGGUGACGCGCUUUGGAAGGCAGAAGAAUGUUGUGGAGCCCCCUAAACCGGAGAAGGAAGAGGAGGAGGAGGCCCCGGUGGUGACAAACCGUAGAGGGAGGAAGAAGAAUGUGGUGACGGACGCCCCUCCGCAAUUGCCUCCGAAGAUGAGGUCCAUAAGGGGCCGUGGCAAAAAGGCUAGUGCAAGCGACAUGGUUCUUGAGGAUGUGGAAGAGAAGGGAGGAAAUGAGUUGGCUGUAUCAAGAGCUCGUCCUGAGGACUUGCUCGUUUCGGCGACAUUGAAGGGUGUUAAGGCUCAGAAGAGGGAUAAGGUGGCAUCUGGGGAUGGAGACAUAGAAGGGGCUGCAGUGUCAUUGGAGGAGAAAGUGCCGAAGGGGAGGGCCAGUGCUCGGCUUGCCGCUUUCGAUAAUGGUGCUAAUGCGGCUGCAGCGCCCAUUGAAGAGAUGGAGGAGGCUGUGGAUGCAACGCUCCGAGGGAGGCAGAAGAAGGACGUUGAACCUCAUGAACCAGAGAAGGACGAGGAGGAGGAGGCCAUGGUGGUGACACGUCGCGGGAGGCGGAAGAAGAACAUGGAACCUCAUGAACCAGAGAAGGAAGAGAAGGAGGACAAAGCCCCAGUGGUGAUGCACCAUGGCGCAACGAAGAAGAAUGCGGCGCCAGUUGCUCCUGUAUCACUGCCUCCAAAGAGGAAGUCUGCAAGGGGCCGGGGAAGGCCUACAAGGGCCAGUACAAUGAACACAGUUCUUGAGGAGGAGGUGGUGGAGGAGGAGCAGGGGGGAAAUAAGUUGAGUGCGUCAAGAGCACGCACAGGGAAGCCACCGACUUCGACGACGGUGAAGAAGGGGGAUAAUGCAGCAGCUGUGGAUGGAGAGGUCAAAAGAACUGCAAAGCCGUUGGAGGAGAAAUUACCAAAGAGGAGGGCCGUUGCUAAGCUUGCUGCUAACAAUAUCUCUUAUGCGGCUGCAGCCAAGCCCACUGAAGAGAUGGAGGAGGCUACAGAAGCGUCUCACCACGGGGGGCAGAAAGCCAUGGAGCACCCUGAACUAGAGAAUGAUGAGGAUGUCACCAUGGUGACGCACCGUGGGGAGCGGAAGAGGGCUGCUGUGGUGAAGCGCCGUGUUGCCGGGAAAAAGGAUGUGGUGGCAGUGAUGAGGUCUGGAAGGGGCCGAGGAAGGGUUGGAAGGACUAGGGCAAGGAAUAACGUUCCUGAGGAAGACAACAUGGUGGUAGAAAAGGAAAAUGAAUUGCCUGUGCCAAGAGAGCUGGCAGGGAAUCUGCCAGUUGCGACCGCGGUGAAUGGGGGUGAGGAUAGAGAAGUCAAAGGAACCAAAAAAGCAGUGGAGUCUGAAUUGCCAAAGGGGAGGGCCAGUGCCCAGUCUUCUUCCGACAACAAGAGUGAGGAGGAACAGGGUGGUGCGGAUGGUUCUUCUAGAGUUGCCAGUGCCCAGUCUUCUUCCGACAACAAGGGUGGUGCGAAUGGUUCUUCUAGACUUGAUUCAGGAUCUAACGGAAUCCCCAACACAACAAGUAAAUACAGAGAGGAUAGAAAACUGAAGCCGUACUCGACUCCCUUUGAUGUCAGGCUGGAUAGAGCUCUGAAGAAAUACUCUGCAUGA